AUGGACACCACUGACCCGCGCGUCGGCUCUGCGCGCGACAACUCCACGAGCCCAGGUCUCUCACGCCAGAUUGCUGGCACCAACUCAUCUUCCACCGGCAGUUUGCUGGCAACCCUGGUUCCUGUGCUCAUCUGGGCAGCGCUAUGCAUCAUCAUUUUCUUUGUCCUGCGACGCAAGUGCCCGCGUGUCUACUCUCCCAGGAGCCUGCUGAAAAGCCUGGAACCUCAUGAAAGAAGCGCGCCCCUACCCACAGGAUGGUUCAACUGGAUCCGAGACUUCGUUCGCAUUCCUCCGACCUUUGUCUUACACCACUCCUCCCUCGACGGCUUCCUGCUCCUCCGCUUUCUCCGAGUGCUGUGUAUAAUAUGCCUGGUGGGCGUCGCAUUGCUAUGGCCGAUUCUGAUCCCUCUGCACGCCACCGGGGGCGGCGGCAACACAGAACUGGACCGCUUGACACUGGGUAACGUCGUGAGCGCCAGAAGAUUGUAUGCCCACGCCUUGCUGGCCUGGGUCUACUUCCUCUUCAUACUCUACAUGAUCUCUCGAGAAUGCAUUUACUACAUCAAUCUCCGUCAGGCCUAUCUUCUAUCGCCUUACUACGCCAAUCGACUAUCUUCUCGAACCGUACUCUACAUGAACGUGCCCCGCCAAUAUCUCCAAGAAGACCGACUUAGAUGGAUGCUCGGCAAUUCCGUCAAGCGAAUCUGGAUCCCCCAGAGCACCCCCGAACUCGAUAGACUGGUCAAAGAGAGAGAGCAAACAGCCCUGCGCCUUGAGCGUGCCGAAUUCACGCUAAUUCGAACGGCCAAUGCCGCCAGGACAAAGGCCCUUCAGAAGGCCAAGAGCGAGGACGAAAAGCAACUGUACCAUGCCUCGCCUCAGCUCGAAAGUGGCUCGGAUGAAAUCGCACAAACACCCAGGUCGGCAUCACACGAUUCAAAAACCGUCAAAAUCUCGGACGGUGCACAAUCGCCUGCUAGUAGUAGCGCGGCGAGUGGUCCGGAGCAGUCGCUUCCAGAUGUGAACGGCUCGGUAGCGUCGCAAUGGAUCUCCCACAGCUCGCGACCUCAUCAUCGACCGAUCGGCAAUUACGGUAGACGUGUCGACACGAUCAAAUGGACCAGGUUGCAGAUCAAGAAGUUGAACUCCAAAAUCGCCCAGGUUCGGCGACAGCAAAUAUUCGAAACUCGAAACAUGAUGCCGUCGGCCUUUGUCGAAUUUGAAACGCACACAGAUGCGCAGAAUGCAUAUCAAACCCUGACCCAUCACCGUCCCCUCCACAUGUCUCAGCGGUACCUCGGGGUCAGACCGUUCGAAAUAGUAUGGGACUCCCUGUCCAUGUCUUGGUGGCAGAGCAUCAUCCGCCGGUUCUUCAUGAUGGGCCUCAUCACGGCCAUGAUCAUCUUCUGGGCCAUUCCGUCCGCACUGGUGGGGACAAUCUCCAAUAUCGAGUACCUAUCGGAAAAAGUCAGUUUCUUGAAAUGGAUCGGCGACCUUCCCAGCGUCGUCAAAGGGGUCUUGAGUGGUGUCCUCCCAGCCCUAGCACUGUCUUUGCUGAUGAGCAUCGUUCCGGGUAUCUUGAGAUAUUGUGCCAGACUUGCUGGCAUGCCGACGCUGGCCAGGAUUGAGCUCUAUACCCAACACGCCUAUUUCGCCUUCCAGGUCGUACAAGUCUUCUUGAUUACUACCUUGACUUCCGCCGCGUCAGCUGCCGUCACCAAGCUGCUUGAGGAUCCAACAACAGCCAAGGACCUCCUGUCGCAGAAUCUACCCAAAGCAUCUAAUUUUUAUCUCUCAUAUUUUCUACUGCAAAGCCUCGCCCUCGGCUCCUCAGGGCUGGUCCAGUUCUCUAACCUGUUCAAGUUUCAUGUCGUGCAGCGAUUUUCCAACAGCCCCAGAAAAACCUAUGUGAGAUGGCACCGUUUGCAACGAAUCCAUUGGGGAGCGGUCUUCCCUGUCUAUACCAAUCUAGGUGUGAUCACCAUCAGCUAUGCAUUGAUAGCGCCUAUCAUCCUUGGCUUCGCCGCGGUCGGGGCCGCUUUCUUGCUCGUCGUAUACCGAUAUAAUUUGAUUUAUGUUUACGACUCGGAGAUCGACACUCGAGGCCUCGUCUACCCUCGCGCGCUGAUGCAGAUGCUGGUGGGGCUGUACUUCUCGGAGAUCUGCAUGAUCGGAUUGUUCUCUUUGCGAGGCGCCUUUGGACCUGUCAUUUUGACUGUCGGCCUGUUGAUCGUCACGGCCUUGGUGCAUGUGUCACUUCUGGAUGCCCUGGGUCCUCUGCUUUGGAGUCUUCCUAAGAGUUUGACAGUAGAGGAGGAUGAGCACUUGUUGUCAAAGCAUCCACAGCAGCAGCAUAUGACGGCUGACAAGGGCACAGACCAGGAGCAGCUUGCACCUCUGGGAGAUUUCGCCACGGAUACAGACGAGCACAUCCUCGGUGAGACCCGGGCUGUCGAAGGCGCAGACGGGGCGAUGAACGCUCUAGGAGGCGGGAUCAAGUCCUGGCUGAAGCAGAAGGUCAGGAAGGACUUGCCGCCUGAGGUGCACACGACCUUGAAUGUGCUUGGGUCAUUCUGGAUGCGAUGGAUCUCUCCCGACCCGGCCCAGAAAUCCAACUUCCUUCUCCGAUGGCUGCACCCCGAGAUCUAUUCGGACUAUACGGUUCUCCGCCGUAUGUUGCCAUGUGAUCUCCCGGAUCCAACGUAUCCCGAGGAGAUCGAACGGGACAUUUACUAUCCCCCGUCAUUCUUCGCGAAGCCGCCGCAUCUAUGGAUCCCGCGCGAUCCAGGCGGGAUCAGUCAACAAGAGGUGGAGCAUAGUGAAAAAGUGAUCCCUACCACAGAUGAGUAUGUCACCAUCGAUGAGAAAGGAACAAUAAGGAUCAAUCUCGAGGCUAGUCGUCUAGUCUUUGACGUGGACCGACUACGCUACUGA